GCUUUCAGUUGGCUUAAAGUUUGUAAUGCCAUCAGGAUGCUGAAUUAAACAAUAAUCUAAACUUGAUCUAAUUGUGCAAGUUAUUGUUAGUGUUUCAGAAACAGAUGUUUCAAUUCUCUUGUGGUCAGUGUGCGGGAUAUUUUCAACGGCUGUUGGAGAUAAAUGGUGUCAGUAAUAUCAUCAAGAUGUCGAUGCCUUGUCUAGAUACUUAUAACAACAACGUUGAUCCUUCUAUAACAAAUGGAGGAAAACCAUUUUCUUCAACAGAUUUUACAAGAAAAAGAAAAUCUGAUAUGGUCGCGAGGGCUAUUGGAAAAUUCAGGAGGCGUAGCACUCAAGAUCUCGGAAUAGCGCACGUUCGGCGAGGCGCCAACAUCGGCGAUUGCCGAACAGCACACGUUGACACCUCCAAAUCCACUAACAACACAAUGUCUAUGGCAGUACAGAUCGGCUCGCCGACCGGCCGCCCGCCGCGGGACAACCUGAAACUAUCUCUAAACAGAUCGCUCAGCGAACCUGGACCGCCCGCGUUGCAAAAGCGAACGCGGUUCAUUCAGACGACCAGCUUGCCCGCGUCUCCCUGCGCCGACAGCGCCACGCUGCAACGGGCCCUGGUCAUGAAGCGGGUUGCGGUUCUUCAGCCGUCCGAGCUGGUCGACAGGCUGGUGACGGAAAAGGAUCAGUUACCGCCUUUGCUGGUCGAUUGCAGGUCCUUCAUCGCGUACAACGUUAGUCAUAUCAGAGGGGCGGUGAAUGUGAAUUGUUCGGAUAGGUUUAAUAGAAAAAGACUACAGCAGGGCAAAGCUGCUUUGGCAGAUUUAGCGACAACCGUGGAAGGAAAAGAAAUGCUAAGAUCGCGCGUCGCUAGAGAUAUUGUGGUGUAUGAUGAAGCGACCGGAGAAGAAUGGGACAGGUUGCCCGUGGCUCAUCCGUUAGUGCUUGUGUUGACCAGUUUAGUAGAGGAAGGGAGAAGACCUGCGCUGCUCAUUGGAGGACACAAAGAAUUCCAUCGUAAACACAGGGAAUUCUGUGAAGAUACAUUGUUACCAAAUGGAUCAAACAGUGGCGGGUCCAGUCCAGCUGCCAGAGGUGUGCUGGGCUCACCUUUGCCUGGAAGCCCUCUGUCGGACCCCAUUCUUGAACCCGCAGAUAUUGACAAUCAUCCUGCAUCAAGACUAUUCCCAUUCCUCUAUCUAGGCAACGGUAGAGACGCUGAACAUCCGACUUUGCUCGGAGCAAACAGAGUUCUAUCAGUUUGCACAGCAGAACCAACGAUAUGCACAUCAGCCAGUAGUGAUGACAACUCUCUACCAUCAUGUUCUUCAUCAGAUGAUCUAUCAAAUAGCCCUUCCUGUGCUUCAUUAGCAUCUUCUAGUUCUAGUACAUCUUUGCCCUCAAGUCCUUGUUCGACGACAUCAUCGGCGUCGACGAGUUCUUGUUCGAGUACAUCUUCAUCAGUGACGCAUAAGUUACUACCUGCUUCGGAUUCGGCGCAGCAGAAUUUGAAGCAGUAUUUCGAAGAAGCAUUCGACUUCAUAGAGGAAGCACGCAAAACAGGCAGCCGGGUGUUGCUCCAUUGCCACGCAGGAGUCUCUAGAUCUGCAACAAUAGCAAUCGCCUAUGUUAUGCGUUACAAGUCUCUGAGCAUGAUCGAGGCAUAUAAACUAGUCAAAAACUGCAGACCCAUUAUUUCGCCUAAUUUAAAUUUCAUGGGACAACUUCUAGAAUUGGAACAAAGUCUCAGGGCAUCUGGAAGUUUGCAAAGCACAGCAGAACCAGAAACGACAAAAUCCUACCACCAAUGCAGGUGGAACCAGACUGAUAAUGUUAGCAGUCCUGGCUGCAGCGUUUAGAAAGGAUUUAGUCAGUAUGUAUAAGAGAAUUUCAAUCAUCAACAAUAAUUAAUGAUAGCUAUGAUUAGUUUGAUGAUUGGAGUUUGAUAUCUAAAACUAUAUUGGUUGUUGUGGAUCUGUUUUAUUUACCUUACAAAAUAUUCACAUAUUUUUUUGUGAAUUAAAUGGUUUUAGAACUUAAGAAUAAUAUUAAGUAGUGAAAAUGAUCAUUGGUGCAUGUCUGUAGGCACCAUGAAAAUUGUAUAUAUUUAGAACUAGGAAUUAGAUUCAUAUAUUGUUUAUAUAAAAAUAUUAUUUAUUUUAUUUUGUAAUUUAUUAAUAAUGUUUCGCCCCAAGUGAUGUAACGAAGCAAAAAAUUCACACGCUGCAUCAUUCAUAUGAGUAUUCUAUCAAUAUUGAUGAAAGCACAUGACAACUAAUAUUAAAUUAUAUAUCGCACAUGAAUUUUAGGAACCAUUUUUAAAUGCUAUGAAAUAUAAAAUACUUAUCUAUUGAAUUGUCACACAAUAUGCGUAUCUUGUAAAAUCUAGUCCAACUUGGGUGAAACGGCUGUGUUUAUAUAUUAUAUUAACGGUUUAUUGUGGCUAUUUUAGAAAUAAUUAAAUAUGAUAGUAUGUCACACUACUUCUUAAAGAAACAUUUGUUAAAGUAUUGCUUGUUAAAAGUUUAUAAAACU